ACUGUCUAAGUUCAUGUGCACACACACACACACACUUCUCCCGCUCACUCUUUGCUUUGUUGUUGGAACCUCGACGUCUUUCUGGCGGCUUCAUGCUGAGGACGACGCUCGGAAAAACACAACCGUAACGCGUAUUUACAGUCGAGGGACGAGGCGGCUGCAGGAAUCGAGCUGGUGCCCAUGGACGAGGACGGCUCCAGGUCAUCGGGGUUCGAGUCGCUCUUCAUCGAAGAAGAGGACGCGGCUCCGGGGAGCACCCGCUCGGAGCGGUCCGGACUCCCCGCCUACAGGGGAGCGCGGCGGGAUCAGUCGCCUCCGAUCAAGCCGUACCUCCGGGAGAUGGACGACUUGCUGAAGAGCUGCGAGGAGCUCGUCGGCGUCCCCUUCGCCUCUCGCUUCCCAGCGGCUCACGGCAGCACAAGCUCGGCCGAAUCCCCCCGCAGCCACGGCGAGGGCCGAGGCGCGCCUCCGGACGGCUGUGGAGAAACGAGCGCUUGUCCGCGGGCGUACCUCUCCACCAGCUACAUGGACACGCACGCCGACGGGCCCGAGGCACCAGACGGGUCGCAUGUCUCGCUCGACGUUGGCAACAGGUGCGGCGUAACCCCGGCGGCUUCCCGCCAAAAGGAGAUGCCUCUCACCUCGGCGGGAAACCAGCUGAGCGACACCAUGGUGGCGUACGAGGGUCAGCUCCUGGGGAUGCUGGCCAUGCUGGAGAGCUCCAUGGAGGAAUCCGGCAUGGACUUCGAGCCCCAAGGCUGCUCUCCGGACGCCGGCCAGGAAUACGUACACAUCGGCAAGAACGCCCGUCCUCCCAGGCCGGUGGAGCGAGAGAGCCCGAUGGCGUUGGAGACGACGCAGCCGAUGCAAUCGGAGCCCUGGUGCGGUCGGCGCUUCGGGGGAGACGAAGGCUGCAGGGAAACAGCGGGUUCGGCGGCCGGCGGAGGCCGGCGGAGUCGCCUGCCCGCAUGUGAAGACAUGGAUGGUUUCUCAAUGAAAUCACUGGAAUGGCGAGACCGACGGGUUCUUGAUCCUCAGUUCGGCUUUCCGGCGCCAUUGGUCUCCACGGGGAAUGAUCCAAUGAGCUGCGAGGCGGCCAUGACGGGAUACAUGGCCACGAACGAGGGCACCCACACAGAGGGAGAAGUGGGUGGGGUUGAAGUAGACAAAGAGCUCCGGAUGGACACCGUCGCACCGGGUCCUGGUGUGAACGAUCUAGGCGCCCUCGGGUGUCAGAUGGAGGAGUGCAUCGAGCAGGUGCAGCGGCUGGAGAGGAGGAGGAAGGAGCUGCUGACGGAGGUGCUGGAGCUGAGAGGGACUAAAGACGGCGAGUCAGAUGGAGGCGACGAGCCAGUUGACAGCAAAGUGGUGGAGCUGAUGAAGGCAUUCAAGGGGGAGGAGGAGGGAAAGAGGGAGGACAAGAAGAAGGAGAUUCAGAGCUUAAGGGCGGAGAGGGCGAAGGAGGAGAGGAUGCUGUGGAAGGUGAACCUGGAGAGGCAGGCGCUGCACGAGGAGCUCAUGAGGCUCAGGCGGAGACUGUUCGCCGCGGCGAGGGACAGCGCGCACAACCAGGCCGCCCUGAACCACCAGCGGCGCGAGGUGGAGCUGCUGAGGAGAGAGGAGGAGAAGCUGCAGUCGCUGGCGCUCCAGCUGACGGAGGAGGGCUCGCGGCAGCGGGCGGCUCAGCAGCAGCAGGUCUCAGCCCUGCAGGCGGCGCUGCACGCCGGCACCUCCAGUCCGACCUCCAGCACCCAGGAGGAGCUGGCGGAGUGCAGAAGGCAGUCCUGUGCAGACCUCCAGCAGUAUCUGCAGGGAGGGCUGAAGGCGCUGGAGGACAGGUACGAACCCAUCUUGCUCACGUUGCUGAAGAGAAGGGAGGCAACGGCCGUGGCCUUGCUGAAAGCCAAAGAACAAGGCCGGGAGCUGAAGGCCCAGCUGGGACCCCUGAAGGAGGAGACCCAGAAGCUGAACUUGCAGAGGGCUUGCCUGGAGGAGAAGCUCAAGCUGCUUCACUUCCAGCGGCGGGAGGAAGUGGGGCAGUAUAAAGAGGCGGUUUCCUGCCUGGAGGACAGCAGCAGAGAGCUGAGGACGGAGUUAAAGAUCCAGAAGAGAAAAACCCGAGAGGUGGAGGAGCUGAGAGACAGCCUGGACAAACGCCUGCACCUUUACAGGGCCGCCAUCGAGGAGCACAACGAGUCCGACAACGAGGAGGAAUCAUGACGUCCAAAAACACACUACAGCUCUGUGAUGAUUGCAUCCGCGAUGUAGCGAACUCCACUUUUCGGUUCAUGCACUUUACGCACACAUUGUGACAUGCUGCUGUCUGCUUGGAGCAGCAGGGGGGAUUUUUGUUAGGAAUAAAAGUCGUUUGUGAGUUAACGUG